UCGCAGUCUGAAGAGUGUUCUUCCCCGAGACAGUUCGAGGCGAGUUUUGUAUCCAACCAGUGUUAUUUUCACUGAAUAAGCCACGAGGAUGGCCCAACAGGCUUUAUUCCUCCUAAUCCUUGUCAUUUUACAAUUUGCCCAUGGUCUGAGCAAAGAGGGCCUCUAUCCCUACGCUGGCGGAGGCGCCGAAACCCUCCAGCCCGAUCAGAACAACCAGUUAACAUCCACUGAAAUUCAACUUAAAACACCGAUAAACUUCUACGAUAAAGUCUACACCAGUAUUUUCGUAAACGGAAAUGGGGUUCUCUCGUUCAUUCGUUCGAUGCAGAGAUUCUUCAACAUCGCUUUUCCCUUGGACGACCCUGUGAUUGCUCCCCUGUACACCCAUGUGGACACCAGAGGUUCCGGUACAAUAUACUACAGUGAGACAGAUGAUCCGGAGAUUCUCUCUCGUGCUGGUGGAAUGGUCAGAAGUGCCUUCAAGGAAACUGAGAAUUUUCAACCAACUCACGUGUUCCUGGCGACGUGGCUCGAUGUUGGCUAUUACAACGAGAAGAGCGAUAAAGUCAAUACCUAUCAAGUGGCGAUAUCAUCGAAUGGCACGCAUUCGUACGUUGAACUUUUAUAUCCCAACGGUGGUAUUCAGUGGAUUCAGGGUGAAUCUCAUCCAAAUGGAUUGCCAGAUGCCAAAGCCCAGGCUGGAUUCAUGAGUGAAGGCCGAAUGUACACUUUGAAGGGAUCGGGAACCGAUCAAAUUCAAAAUAUUGAUAAAUGGUCGAACAUCAACAGACCGGGCCAAUGGAUUUUCCAAAUGGGUCCAAUUCCAGAGGGUCAAAACAUCAAAACCCCAAAUAAUAUUGACAUGGUUAACAAAAUGUUUCCAGACUCGCACGUACAGAUGGACCAGACCUGCAUGACAGGUGCUACAACCUGUCACAGUAAGGCGACUUGCAUUGACUACGAGUACGGAUACUGCUGCAGUUGCAAGCCAGGAUUCUUCGGGAACGGAAAGUCCUGUCAGCCAAAUGAUUUACCACUCCGAGUAAUUGGCAAAGUCUCCGGUCGAAUAAACGGUCAAGAAUUGCCGUCGAGGGAUCUCCAAUGCUACGUGCAGACGAAGGAUGGGCGAACCUACACAGCACUAUCACGUAUACCGGAGAGUGUAGGCCAGGACUUUCAAUUAUUAGGAACCCUGGGUGGUGUAAUUGGGUGGCUAUUUGCUAAACCAAUGGGAGAGAUAAAAAAUGGCUACCAGCUCACAGGUGGUUUAUUCAACCACACAGCAGAGUUAGUGUUUGAAUCGAGUGGAAGUAGAAUAUCGAUAAAUAGUAUUUACCUGGGGCUCGACGUAUUCGGCCAGUUGAAGAUGGAGGCUGACAUCCAGGGCACUUUGCCAAGACUCCCCCCCGACUCGAGGGUCGAUUUCGGCGAUUACGAGGAGGUUUACACGUCGAACAGGAGAGGAAUCCUUCGCUCCCACAGCAGCCGGAAGUACCAGCUCACCGGAAAUCCCACCGAGUACCCCUUCUCCGUCGAUCAGACCAUCACCUACCAGGAUUGCACUCAUGUGAAGCCGAUGGGGGACAACACAACGAAACUCAAGUUCUCUCGUGGACUUACGACCUAUGAGGCCCGCGAAGGCAUCAUUCGAUUUGCCAUGAAUACCAAAAUGACACCCUUGGAGGAGGAAGAUCCCUGCAUCCAGGGAAGAGAAACCUGCGGAGAGCACAGCUCCUGUGUUGUUGAUGGCGAUGAUUUCAGAUGCAUUUGUAAUACUGGUUAUCAACAACUAUAUGAAGAGGACGGAUCGGCGAGUUGUGUUGAUAUCAACGAAUGUACGGCUGGAUAUCAUCUCUGCUCUACUGAAGCUCAGUGCAUUAAUAACGAAGGGGGUCAUACCUGCCAGUGCAGGCCAGGAUUUACCGGGGACGGAAGGAUCUGCGAAAGGCUCGGUAGCUGCGAAGACACCCGCUGUGGGGAAUACGAGGAGUGCAGGUUGAUAAAUGACCAGCCAAUCUGCUCAUGCGUUCCAGGAUUCGUCAAGAGCGAUCAGGGGUGUUUCCCAGCUGAGGAUCCCUGCAACUUGGCAAACAACUGCUCCCCCCAAGGCGAGUGUACCUACGACCACCAGAAGCAGUCGCACGUGUGCCUCUGCCUGCCAGGAUUCGUCGGUGACGGAUACAACUGUUAUGCGGAGGAAACUCCAGAGCCAAAUUGUGCAAAUGGAAUUUGUUGGUGUCCCCCUGAUUGGGAGCUGCGAGACAGCACCUGCGUCAGGUCACAACGUCAGAACCUGGGGACCAGUACUAGUGGUCCCCACCGAGAUCUAUCAGCACAACCUCAACCGGAAUGCUAUCAGGAUAGUUGUUUUUGUCCCUGGGGCUAUGACUACGAGGGAAAGGAUGAUAUUUGUGUACCUCAGCCUGGAUACAAGCACGACACCAUGGGUCCCACUGGAGCCCAACUAUCUUGCAACGUGGUGAACACGUGCCAUCCGUACGCGCAAUGCAUUUUCAUCUCGAGUACAGAGGAUUACGAGUGCCAAUGCAACGAGGGCUACGAAGGCGAUGGCAUUGAGUGCGUAAAAGCAGAUGUAUCCUGUAUGGAUGUUGACAUUUGCGAUCCCAACGCAUCCUGCCGACCUGACGAACUCAUCGCAAAGUGCGUCUGCAAUCCUGGAUUUGAAGGCGAUGGAACCACGUGCAGUGCAAUCGAUGCAUGCAGUGAUCAUUCCGACUGCAGCCAGAAUGAGAGGUGCUCGUACAAUCCUUCAAAGUCGCGUUACGAAUGCACCUGCAAUCCCGGAUUUAAUAUGGUGAACGGUCAGUGUGUAGUGGCUGAUUGCUCCACCAAUCCCUCUCAAUGUCACGUCAAUGCCCAGUGCAUAACAACGAGUGGAGAAGGUUACAAGUGCGUCUGUAUGACUGGAUUCCACGGUGAUGGAAUAAAUCAGUGUGUUGAAGAUCACAUUGGAUGUAAUGUCGUUAAUAAUUGCGGAAGCAAUGCCGUCUGCGGCUACAAUCAGACGUCUGGGAAUUAUGCCUGCAUGUGUUUACCAGGAUUCUACGGAGAUGGUUUUAUAUGCAGAGCCCAGGCCUCUUGUCGUCAGAACCCUGAGUACUGCUCUAGGGAUGCCACAUGUGCUCCAGUAACUCCAACACAUUUUGCCUGUGUCUGCAAUGAGGGCUUCCAUGGGGAUGGAUUGGAGUGCAAGCCAAAGCCAAAACACGCUGCCAACUUCUUGCUGGUUAAUCAGGGGAUGGCUAACCUGAGGAUCCCCUACUUCCCGACUCCAGUCUACCCAGGGUCUCCCAUCAACCUGGCUAACUCGCAGAUGGCCAUUGCCAUUGAUAUCGAUUGUCCGAAUGGAAAGGCGUACUCUAGUGAUAUCACUGGUGCAAAAAUAAUUUCCCUGACCUACAACGGCUCGUCGGUGGAGACUUUUAUAUCUAACGUUAGCAGUCCCGAGGGAAUUUCUAUAGACUGGGUGUCCCGGAAUCUUUUCUGGACGGAUUCGGGGAAAGGCACGAUCGAAGUGGCGAGUUUAGAAACGAAAAAACGAAAGGUCCUGAUCUCAGAGGGUCUGGUAAACCCUCGAGGAAUUGCCGUGCACCCAUACAGAGGGAAAAUCUUCUGGUCGGAUUGGAACCGCAUGACUCCGAAAAUCGAAUGGUCCAAUGAGGAUGGCACGCAGAGGGAGGUUUUCCUGCAGGGGGACAUGGUGAAACUCCCCAAUUCCCUCGCGAUAGACUGGACCAGCGACGAACUGUGUUGGGCUGACGCAGGCACAUUCACAAUCAGUUGCACUCCUAUCGACAACAAACGAGUUAAUGUGAUUGAGAAGGAUCUCGCCUACCCCUUCGGCCUCGCCAUUUCCCCUGAUAGUUAUUACUGGACAGACUGGAAGACACACAAAAUCGAAGCGAUAUCGAAACACACAAGCGAGAGGUUGAAGUCACUGCCCAUUCCUCCUGGUGGCAGUGGGAAAUUGUACGGAAUAACUUCAGUACCUGAACAAUGCCCACGAUUAUCAAAUAUCUGUCAAUAUGACAACGGCCGAUGCCAUAAGGACCAGCUCUGCUUGCCCAACGGUCGAGGAGGUAGAACCUGUGCCUGUGCAGACAAUACCACCGGUCCCUGCACCGAAUCCCAAUCGUAGUUCCAUUACCCCGUAAAACUGCAUGAAAAAUGCCUCACAAAAAAAAACUGAAAAUAAUCAUUUCGAAUUCGUAGUAUAGUUACAAUUAAAGUGUACUAACAAUUAUUAUCAUUCAUAUUAAUUGAUUACAAUUAACGAAGUAGGAGUCAUCGAGAGUCUGUAACGAGUGCCAUUUUGUACGUUCAGUUUCAGAAAAUAAAAUAUUUUUUACUCCUGAAAA